UGUCCUGGGUGACUUGAGUGAGAGCAGACAGAAAGACAGACGUCGUUGGAAGAGAGAGGAUACACACCUGUUGAACAGCAGCGCUCUGGUUUUAUUUCACUUGUUUUUCCUCACAGUUUCAGAGUCUGAGCCUUUAAGAUGACGGACACUCUUUUACCAAACGGCAUCAAAGACAGCGGAGGAGACAGCAGUUAUUUCAAAAAAGGUUGUAACCCGUUUGCCCAGACUGGACGAAGCAAACUUCAGAAUAAACGAGCCAAUGUGAACCAGCAGAUCAUCAAACAGAUGAGGAUGAGGGCUGGAGCUGAGAACCUGCUGAAGGCUACAUCUAACAACAAGGUUAAAGAGAUGGUUCUGUUGGAGUUGAGCUAUGUUAACUCCAACCUACAGCUACUGAUGGGACAGCUUGAAGGACUCAACAGCUCAGUAGAGGUCUACCAGAACACCCAGGAAACAGCCAACAUCCCCCUCAUUGCUCUGGGUCUAAAGGAGACAAAAGACAUUGACUUCUCCACUCUAUUCAAGGACUUUAUCUUGGAGCACUACAGUGAAGACGGGAACAGUUUUGAAGAUGAGAUUGCUGACCUGAUGGACCUGCGACAGGCUUGCAGAACGCCAAGUCGAGAUGAGGCUGGGGUGGAACUGCUGGCCAAAUACUUCAGUCAUCUUCCUCUGAUGGAGAGCCGGUUCUUCUCCCCAUCCCGCCAGACUGGCAUCUUCUUCACCUGGUACGACUCUUUUACAGGAGUGCCGCUAUGCCAACAGAACCUCUCACUGGAGAAAGCCAGUGUCCUCUUCAACAUGGCCGCCCUCUACUCUCAAAUCGGCACCCGUAGUGACCGACAGACAAUAGCCGGCCUGGAGGAGGCCAUCUCUUCCUUCCAGAAAAGUUCAGGUAUCCUGAACCACCUGAAAGAGACACACACCCACACUCCCAGCUACGACAUGAGCCCAGCCAUGCUCAGUAUGUUGAUUCGGAUGAUGCUUGCUCAGGCUCAGGAGUGCCUGUUUGAGAAGACUGCACUGCCUGGGAUCCGAAACCAGUUCUAUUCCCUGAUGAAAAUGGCCCAGGAGGCUGCAAAGGUCUCAGAAAUCUAUGACCAACUCCAUCAGUCCAUGAUCCAGACGCCAAUCAAAGACAAUGUCCCGUUCUUCUGGUCCACCAUGUCGCAAGUCAAAACCAACCACUACCGCUCCAUGGCACACUAUUUUGCAGCCUCAGCGCUCCUGGACCACCAGUUGAGUCUCCGUGAUGAUGAGGACCAGCAGGAGAAGACCUUGUCACAGGUCUAUGAUCGCCUUCCUGAAGGACGCUCUCCUCUUGACAUCCUGAAAAGGAAAGAUGAACGUGAACGCAUUGGUAAAGCACACAUUCGUCGGGCCAUACUGGGUCAUGAGGAGGCUCUAAGGAUCUUUGGUUUGUGCCACCACUUAAACAAGCUGGAGGCCCUGCAGGAGAUUUUAAAAGCCAGUCACCAGCGCUCGCUCAACAAGUGCAGUGAAAAUGAAGAUGAGGAAGAGUUCACAGACUACACGGAGGCCCCAGACAUCAUCUCUAAAACAGAGCACAAAGCAGAGAUGGAGGUUCCCGCAACUACAAAGGGCCCUCUGUCAGUCUUCUCAGCCAAGCAGCGGUGGACAGCCCCACGGACAUUACAUCUUUGCCCAGAAGACAGAGACCUGGGCUUUACCCUGAAAGGGGAAACACCAGUCCAGGUGGUUUCGUUGGACCCCCUCUGCCGAGCUGCUGCUGACGGUCUGAAGGAGGGUGACUACAUUGUUGCCGUGGGCAACACAGAUUGCAAAUGGAUGGGCGUGAGCGAUGUGAUGCGGCUGCUGAAGGAUGUGGAUGAGAAGGGGAUUGACAUCCAGGUGAUCAGCAUUAUGGACAGCAACCCACCAAUGCCUACCAAGAGUGCCACCUUCUGUGGAAACCUGCCUAAAACCUACUCCAUGAUUUGUCUGGCCUAUGAUGAUGAUGACAAGAACCCCAAGUCCCGCAAAGUAACCAAGAAGUCGUCCUUCCUCAGCUGGGGUCUGAAGAACAGGCUGAAGAGCGCCAGCACCCUCAGCCUUCCCACUGCUGACCACUCCGGGGGCCUUCCUUGGAAUAAACCCUGUCCCACGUUCCCCAGCUCCAGCACCUACAACAACGACAGUGCCCUCUACUGAGCCAGCUGCAGACUUCUUACUGUCUGCAAGCAUCGUUUAGUAUGCAUAUUAGGCCUAGUAUGGCUGUAUACAGUACUGUCUUGUAGAGGUCGACCGAUAUGGGUUAUUCUCUGGCAGAUGCCGAUCUUUAGAAAUCAGGGUUAGCCGACGUCCGAUAAAUGCUGCCAAUUUAUUUUGGCCAAUAUGUGCUUGUUUUUAAACCUCCAUUUGAAAGAUAAAAUGUAACACUAAUAAUUACUUAAGAUACACAAAAUUUCUCAACAAAACACUUCACCAAUCUGCACUUGUAUACUUAAAUUAA